UAAAAAAAAAAAUAUAUCCGGAGAGAGAAAUUUCAAUUUGAAUUUCAGGGUGAGGAAAAAUGUCAGGAAGAGGAAAAGGAGGAAAGGGUUUGGGAAAGGGAGGAGCAAAGAGGCACAGGAAAGUUCUGAGAGAUAACAUUCAAGGUAUUACCAAGCCAGCUAUCAGAAGAUUAGCAAGAAGAGGUGGUGUCAAACGUAUCAGUGGUUUGAUCUAUGAAGAAACUCGUGGUGUUUUGAAGAUCUUUCUUGAGAAUGUGAUCCGUGAUGCUGUUACUUACACUGAACAUGCUAGGAGGAAGACUGUUACUGCUAUGGAUGUGGUGUAUGCUCUCAAAAGACAAGGAAGAACUCUUUAUGGUUUUGGGGGUUAGGGUUUUUUUGUUUCCUGGGUUUUAUUGAUAUUGUAAAGGAAGUUGAAAUUAGGGUUUUUAAUCGAAGUAGUUUCUAAUUGAUGAUGUAAUUGGGAUCUAUCUAGAAUUUAAUGGAAACUCUGUUCAAUUUGAAUGUUAAUUUUUGUUA